AUGAGCGCCGCUCCCACAUGGGUGGAGGAGGAGCAGGAGUGGCAGGGUGGAGGUGGAGCAGGGGUGACAGGGUGGAGGAGGAGCAGGAGUGGCAGGGUGGAGGAGGAGCAGGAGUGGCAGGGUGGAGGUGGAGCAGGAGUGGCAGAGUGGAGGAGGAGCAGGAGUGGCAGGGUGGAGGAGGAGCAGGAGUGGCAGGGUGGAGGUGGAGCAGGAGUGGCAGGGUGGAGGAGGAGCAGGAGUGGCAGGGUGGAGGAGAGGGGCGGAGACGAGGGUGGUGUGGGGGGUGAGAGAGGGGUGGAGACGAGGAUGGUGUGGGGGGUGAGAGAGGGGCGGAGACGAGGAUGGUGUGGGGGUGAGAGAGGGGUUGGAGACGAGGGUGGUGUGGGGGGUGAGAGAGGGGCGGAGACGAGGAUGGUGUGGGGGUGA